UAACCUCCCAACUUCCUCCUACUUUCUCUAAACUACUACUCUAUCAAAUUCAAUUCAAUUCCCCCAAAUCUCUCCAUCCAAAAACAACAUGAAGAAAUCACUUCUCUUAGCAGCCUCUGUUUCUGCUGCCGCCACCGCCACCGCCACCAUCUCUUCUGUUUCUAAAGUUCGAAUUUCUCUUCGCAAGGACGAUAAUUUGGAGAAAAAUGAUGAAAAUUGUUCAAAGCCGGUGAAAGCAUCAACCUCUUCAGAUAAAUUUGCGCCCAGAUUUGAUGGAUUGAGGUUUAUAGAGACGUUGGUCACUGCUCACAGAUAAGUUUACAAAAGAGGGAAAAAGUAAAAGUUUUGGAUGGAAAUAUAUUAGAGAAAAAAAAUUAAAUAUGAUUAUGUAAUUGAGAAUCCUAUUAUAAAUUUUAUUUUCUAGAACAAUACGAUUGUUUCAAAGAUCAAAUUCCAUACAAAUUGUAACUUUUUUCCCCCUUUUAAGAUGGGAAAAACAAUGUUUAUCAGAUUUGACCGAAGAACUUGUGAUGUUGCGGUUCAAAUUUGUUUAGUUUUGACAACUUUAUUUUA